AACACUGGCCUAAAUUUACUAACUUCCUCUGGGAAAGUACCAAAUGGUGGUAUGAAUUCGGAAAAUAAUGGACUGCAGCCGCCUGCCGCUAUUCUGCCCGUUGCAGUUGUAGGACCACCUGGCCCACCGGGUCCACCUGGGCCGCCAGGACCGCGUGGACUUACCGGCGCAACCGGACCCAUCGGAAGGCCAGGACUCACGGGGCGCACAGGUCCGCCGGGCCCACCAGGCCCGCCGGGACAGCAGAUAAACCACGGUCUCAAUCAAAAUCCCAAUAUCUGGUAUGCGGGCAAUGCGAAACCCCUACUCCCAUUGUACCAAAAUGAUCGAGAAUAA